UCGUACGUCGAUUUUAAAAAGCAAACUGUCAUUUCAAUGUCAAUGUCACAAUUGAUAGGAGUCAGUUUCGUUGGCGCGUAAAUUUCUUUGUUAAUUGUUAUUAGAUAUCCAUAUAUAGUCUGCAUUUGAUCAAUUUAAAUUAAUUAUCACAAAAUGGGUCUUUUGGAAUUGUGUGAAAAGUAUUUCCAAACCAAAAAUCUUUAUGAAGUUCUUGGAAUCACUGAAAAAGCUACGGAUAAAGAAGUUAAGAAAGCGUAUCACAAGUUAUCUCUCAAAGUGCACCCGGAUCGUGUCGGUGAAAAAGACAAGUUAGAAGCCACAGAGAAAUUCAAGGUGCUUGGAGGUGUUCAUGCGAUCCUUAGCGACUAAAAGAGAGCAACCUACGACGAGACGAAAUGCGUGGAUGAGGAUGAUGAUGUUGUAGUCGACCGCGAUUGGACAGUAUACUGGAGGCUGUUGUUCAAAAAAAUCACAGAGGAAGACAUCAUUGCCUAUGAAAAGCAAUUCAUUGGAUCUGAAGAGGAACGCAAUGAUCUCAAAGUGGCUUACUUAGCGGGUAAAGGUGACAUGGACUACAUUGUUGAUCAUGUGCAAUUUGCCAGGAGUGAGCAUGAAGACAGACUAAAGGGCAUCUUGAAAGAUAUGAUUGACAAAGGAGAAAUUCCUGCUUAUAAGAAAUUCACCAAUGAGCCGGAGAAAAAACGCCUAAGGAGAAUUGCGAAAGAAAACAGAGAGGCAGUGGAGGCUGAAGAAUAUAAAAAAGAAUUGGGAGUUGGUUCAGGUCCCAAUAGCCUGGAGCUAAUGAUAAAACAAAAGCAACAAGCACGAGCGCAACAGAUGGACUCGUACAUUGACAGUUUGGCGGCUAAAUACGGUGGCGGGAACAAACCGAAGGCUACAAAGAGGAAAGCCGCCGCUAAAACUGAAACUGCAUCAAAGAAUAAGAAGAGAAAGUGAGAUGAAAAGUGAUUGUCGUAAGGCCGUGUUUACAGACACGGAGCGUUGCAUAGGUUUAAGUUUUAAGCAGCGCAGGACACACUGAAAGGCUGACACAAAUUAAAAAGAUAUAUAGCAAACACGUAUUUUGCACGCAGAACUAAAAAUAUGACCAUGCAUUACUUUAGUCACUACUUUAGCAGUCUCUUGAAGGCAAUUUCCUUGCAUUGGAAUAGUAACUAAGUUAUUAUAUUCCAUCAACUGGGUCCACACUGACCGAGAAGCCUCGGUAGGCAAAUGCCUCGAGCGGAAAACUUCCGUGCUCGUGACCCGCACGUUUGCCUCACCCGAGCCAAUUUGCUCGACAAGAUAUCGGCCCUCAGUCAGCUGUUGAAAAUAGUGCUGACGAUUACCGCGCGAGUCUCCUCGGCCAGUAUGGUCCCAGCUAAUGAACUUAGAAUUGAAUCUCAGUAAGUGUCUGUGAGAUAAUUCAAGAGUGAACGAAGUAAUUCAAGACCAUCAUACAAUAU